GAACUUCACCACAACCACAAUCUUAGCUGCAUCAACCAAAAUGUCCGAUUUACCAACUCUAGUAUUUGUACCAGGCUCCUGACACAAGCCUACAUGCUACGACAAAAUCAUCACCUUCCUACAAGACCAAUAUAAGCUGCGCUGCGUCUCAGUAUUCCUCCCGUCAACUACUGAGAACCCAGCCGCAACAUUCAAAGACGACCUCGACGCCGCGCGCACCGCAAUCUCAACCGAGACAAGCCAGGGCCGCGAUGUCGUCGUCAUCGCCCACUCCUACGGCGGGAUGGUUGGAAACAGCGCAAUCAAGGGGUUCGCGCGCAAAGACGUCGCGAAUAGCACCAACACCGCUAUCAACAACAAAAACAACAACAACAACAUACCCAUACCAACCCAAGGCGCCGACAUCGGCCUAAUCCUCAUAGCCUCUGGCUUCACGUUGACCGGACUCGCAUUCAUGGACCCCUUCUUCGGCCACCCACCGCCAGCCUGGCGCGUCAACAAGGAAACCGGGCACGCCGAGCUCGUCACUUCCCCGCGCGAGCUCUUCUACCACGACGUUUCCGAGGAAGAAGCAGAGUACUGGGUCACGCAGCUCACGACACAGUGCCUCAAGGCGCUCUUUGAGGGCGGCGAGCACACGUAUGCGGGGUGGAGGGAUGUCCCCGUAUGGUAUCUGGGUACUACUGAGGACCGCGGGCUACCCGUUCUUGUGCAGAGGAUGCAGGUUGGGAUGGCGAGGGAAAUGGGGGGCGUUGUUGAGCAUCGCGAGCUGGGGACGAGCCAUUCGCCGUUUUUGAGUCGGCCGCAAGAGACGGUGGAUGUUAUAGUUGAGGCUAUUGCGGGGUUUGUGGGGAGGGAGCUUGUGAGGUAUGGUUCCGGCUCUACUGGUCCUGCUUCUGCUCGUGGUGAGCAGCGUGCUAUGGCUACUGUGCCUGGUAUUAGGUUCUGGCAGCCGUUCUCGUGGUUGAAGUUUGGGGUGCCGUUGGCUUUGGGGCAUCUGGUAGGAAGGGGGAUUCUGCUGUUUGGGUGGGGGAGGAUGAUAUGGAGGACGAGGCUUGGACUGCGUAGUCUCUAAUUUGGAACAGUAUGGUGCUCGUGAUAAUGUAGGUGUCGAUGUGUAAGAUACGCCGUGGCCAACACUCUGCUCAAAAAUCGGUUGGCGAGAUAUAUAUUCGGCCUCCAACUAUAUAGAACAGGAUACCCCACUCAAUCAUAUACUUAUUUUACG